GACUGAGAAGGGCCAGGGCCACCAGGGUGGAGUUUAGACAUCUGUGGGGCCCCGUGGCCCGCACCUGCCACAUGGCUGCUCUGUGGUUAGAGCCUUGGAGCCCCUCCUGACCCCUCCGAUCCUGCCUUCCUGGGGAUGGUCUCCUGGCUUUGGCCCUGCCUGGAAGACAGGGGUGGGGGUGUCGCUGCGGGUUUCCUGGGGGAUGAGGUUCUGAGGCCUGGAGGGGAGGUGGCUCACUCUGGCUCCAGGCCCUCUUGGGUCUCCUGCCCUGACUAUCCCUGGAGCCCCCCACCCCCACCCCGCUCACAGCAUAGCCUGGUCCAGGGCUUCGGGAGCACCGCUGCAGCUCAGCCUUUCAAAGAGAAGCCGGCCGCUAGCCGUUCCGGAGACAAGAAGCUGCGGAGAGCCCGGCCUUGGGGUCCCUGGGAAGGCGGGUUCCCGCGGACAGGGCGUCUCCGAGCCCGCGUCCUUGGUUCCAGAGCGGGGAACUCCGCAGGCGGAGCGCUCUGGGCCAGUGACGCAGAGCGCGCUGCGGGCUGCGGGGACUGCGCGGGACGCACGCUCAGCCCGGGGUGCGGGCGGCCCCGCGGGGCCGGCGGGCGGUCCUCCGCAGCGGCGCCAGUGACGCGGGAACGCGGGCCCGCUCUGAGCAGGUAGGCCCGCCCCCGCCGGGACGGAAGACACCGGGGUGCGGAGACAGGUAGCAGGACAGCCCUCCACAGUGUCCUUCCAGAACCUUCAGCCUCAUGAGCUGCAGGAAAGGCUGUCCUGAGCUGGGCGGGAGACUGCAGAAGCUGGAGUGCGAGUGGCCCGUAGGACGGAGCCCCCGACCCUGAGGAAAGGCGGCUCCAGGCAGGAGGAAGGCUUUGGGGUGCAGCCAGGACGAUGGCGGAGCUGAGCAUGGUCCCCCAUCUCCGGCGCAGCAACAGCAGCAUCUGCAAGACCCGGAGGCUACAGCACCUGUUUGGAAACAGCACAAAGCAAGAAAAUCUCAGCUCGUGGGUCCCGCAAAAUAUCAAGAAGAAGGAGUGCGUGUACUUCGUGGAGAGCUCCAAGCUGUCGGACGCCGGGAAGGUGGUGUGUGAGUGCGGACACACACGCCAGCAACACUUGGAGGAGGCCACCAGGCCCCACACUUUGCAGGGCAAAGAUUGGGACCCCAAAAAACAUGUCCAGGAGAUGCCAACGGAUGCCUUUGGUGACAUUGUUUUCAAGGGCCUGGGCCAGAAGGUGGGAAAGUACGUCCGCCUCUCCCAGGACACACCCCCCAGCGUGAUCUACCACCUCAUGACCCAGUACUGGGGCCUGGAUGUCCCCAACCUCCUCAUCUCGGUGACAGGUGGGGCCAAGGAUUUCAACAUGAAGCCCAGGCUCAAGAGUGUGUUCCGAAGAGGCCUGGUCAAGGUGGCCCAGACCACAGGGGCCUGGAUUAUCACUGGAGGGUCCCACACGGGCGUCAUGAAGCAGGUGGGCGAGGCGGUGCGGGACUUCACCCUGAGCAGCUGCCACGAUGAGGGAGACGUCGUCACUGUCGGAAUUGCCACGUGGGGCACCGUGCACAACCGAGAGGGCCUGAUCCAUCCCUCGGGCGGCUUUCCUGCGGAGUACAUCGUGGAUGAGGAAGGCCAGGGGUGCCUGAGCUGCCUGGACAGUAACCACUCCCACUUCAUCCUUGUGGACGAUGGGACCCACGGCCGCUACGGGGUCGAGAUCCCCCUGAGGACGAAGCUGGAGAAGUUCGUGUCGGAGCAGACAAAGGAAAGAGGAGGUGUGGCCAUCAAGAUCCCUGUCGUCUGUGUGGUGCUGGAAGGGGGGCCCGGCACCCUGCAUACCAUCUACAACGCCAUCACCAACGGCACCCCCUGUGUGGUCGUGGAGGGCUCGGGCCGCGUGGCCGACGUCAUUGCCCAGGUGGCCGGCCUGCCCAUAUCCGAGAUCACCAUCUCCAGGGUUCAGGAGAAGCUCAGCCUGUUCUUCCAGGAGACGUUUGAGACCCUCAGUGAGAGCAGGAUUGUCGAGUGGACCAAAAAGAUUCAAGACAUCGUCCGGAAGCGACAGCUGCUGACCAUCUUCCGGGAAGGCAAGGACGGCCAGCAGGACGUGGACGUGGCCAUCCUGCAGGCCUUGCUGAAAGCCUCUCGGAGCCACGACUGCUUUGGCCACGAGAACUGGGACCACCAGCUGAAGUUGGCCGUGGCGUGGAACCGCGUGGACAUCGCCCGGAGUGAGAUCUUCUCCGGCGAGCGGCAGUGGAAGCCUUCAGAGCUGCACCCCGUGAUGAUGGCGGCCCUCAUCUCCAACAAGCCCGAGUUCGUGAAGCUCUUCCUGGAGAACGGCGUGCGGCUGAAGGAGUUCGUCACGUGGGACACCCUGCUCUCCCUGUACCAGCACCUGGACCCCUCCUGCCUGUUCCACAGCAAGCUGCAGAAGGUGCUGGCCGAGGAGCCCGGGCGGCUGGCCGGCGGGCCCACCGUCCCCCGCGUGCAGAUGCACCACGUGGCCCAGGUGCUCCGGGAGCUGCUGGGGGACUUCACGCAGCCGCUGUACCCCCGGCCUCGGACCGGCGACCGGCCCCGGCUCCUGCUCCCGGUGCCCAACAUGAAGCUCAACAUGCAGGGAGUGAGCCUCCGGUCCCUCCACAAGCGCUCAUCAGAACGUGUGGCCUUCACCAUGGACCCGGUCCGCGAUCUUCUCAUAUGGGCCAUCGUCCAGAGUCGUCGGGAGCUGGCAGAAAUCAUCUGGGCCCAGAGCCAGGACUGCAUUGCGGCGGCCUUGGCCUGCAGCAAGAUGCUGAAGGAGCUGUCCAAGGAGGAGGAGGACACGGACAGCCUGGAGGAGAUGCUGGCGCUGGCCGACGAGUUUGAACACAGAGCCAUCGGGGUGUUCACCGAGUGCCACCGGAAGGACGAGGAAAGGGCACAGAAACUGCUCACCCGUGUGUCGGAGGCCUGGGGGAGGACCACCUGCCUGCAGCUGGCCCUGGAGGCCAAGGACAUGAAGUUCGUGUCUCACGGAGGCAUCCAGGCUUUUCUAACCAAGGUGUGGUGGGGCCAGCUCUGUGUGGACAACGGGCUCUGGCGGGUGAUCCUGUGUAUGCUGGCCUUCCCGCUGCUCUGCACCAGCUUUGUCUCCUUCAGGGAGAAGAAGCUGCAGGCCAGGAGGGGCAUGCUCCGGUUCCGCGCCUUCUUCAGUGCUCCCGUGGUCAUCUUCCACCUCAACAUCCUGUCCUACUUCGCCUUCCUGUGCCUCUUUGCCUACGUGCUCAUGGUGGACUUCCAGCCCGCACCCUCGUGGUGCGAGUGCCUCAUCUACUUCUGGCUCUUCUCUCUGGUGUGUGAGGAGCUGCGACAGCUCUUCUACGACCCCGAUGAGCUCGGGCUGUUGAAGGUGGUGCUCCUGUACUUCAGCGACUUCUGGAACAAACUGGACGUCGGCGCCAUCUUGCUCUUCAUAGCAGGACUGACCUGCAGGCUCAUCCCCGGGCUGUUGUACCCGGGACGCAUCAUCCUGUCCCUGGACUUCAUCAUGUUCUGCCUCCGGCUGAUGCACAUUUUCACCGUCAGUAAGACGCUGGGGCCCAAGAUCAUCAUCGUGAAGCGGAUGAUGAAGGACGUCUUCUUCUUCCUCUUCCUAUUGGCGGUGUGGGUGGUGUCUUUUGGGGUGGCCAAGCAGGCCAUCCUCAUCCACAACGAGAGCCGAGUGGACUGGAUCUUCCGGGGGGUCGUCUACCAGUCGUACCUCACCAUCUUCGGGCAGAUGCCGGCUUACAUUGACGGUGUGAAUUUCAGCCUGGACCAGUGCAGCCCCAAUGGCACGGACCCCUACAAGCCCAAGUGUCCCGAGAGUGACGCCGUCCGGCAUGAGCCUGCCUUCCCUGAGUGGCUGACGGUCAUCCUGCUGUGUCUCUACCUGCUCUUCACCAACAUCCUGCUGCUGAACCUCCUCAUUGCCAUGUUCAACUACACGUUCCAGCAGGUCCAGGAGCACACGGACCAGAUCUGGAAGUUCCAGCGCCACGACCUGAUAGAGGAGUACCACAGCAGGCCGCCAGCACCGCCCCCCUUCAUCCUCCUCAGCCACCUGCACCUGUUUGUCAAGAGGAUGGUCCUGAAGGUGCCCGCCAAGAGGCACAAGCAGCUCAAGAGCAAGCUGGAGAAGAACGAGGAGGCCGCCCUCCUGUCCUGGGAGAUCUACCUGAAGGAGAAUUACCUGCAGAACCAGCGGUACCAGCAGAAGCAGAGGCCGGAGCAGCAGAUUCAAGACAUCGGCGAGAAGGUCAACACCGUGGUGGACCUGCUGGAAAUGGAGGGUCGCAAGCAGUCCAGCUCCCUGGAGCAGAGGCUUGCCUCCCUGGAGGCGCAGGUGGCCCAGACGUCCAGAGCAUUGCACUGGGUCAUGAAGGCACUGAGGGACAGUGGCUUUGGCUCAGAGGAGGGCCUCCCCACCCUGGCACCCCAGAAGGCCUCAGAGGGGCAGGACAGUGAGCUGGACGGCAGGCAGAAGGCGGAGGAUGUGGGCGACAGCCACCAUGUGAAUGCCCGGCACCUCCUUUACCCUCACUCCCACGUCACACGUUUCCCUGUGCCCAACGAGAAGGUCCCCUGGGAGACGGAGUUUCUCAUCUACGACCCGCCCUUUUACACGGACGACAGGAGGGACAACGGCUUGGUGGACCCCAUGGGAAACACCCCAGAAGCCUUGGCCGGCAUCAGCUACAACACCGUGGACGGGCCCACAGACCGGCGGAGCUUCCAUGGGCUCUACAUGGUGCAGGACGGGCUCCCUCUGAACCCCAUGGGCCGCACAGGACUGCGUGGGCGAGGCAGCCUUUGUCGCUUUGGACCCAACCACACGCUGCAGCCCGUGAUCACGCGGUGGAGGCGGAACCAGGAUGGAGCCAUCUGCAGGAAGGGCAUCAAGAAAAUGCUGGAAGUGCUGGUCGUGAGGCCCCCACGCUCGGAGUCCUGGGCCCUGCCAGGGGGCUCCCGAGAACCGGGAGAGAUACUGCCCCGGAAGCUGAAGCAGGUCCUCCGAAGGGAGUUCUGGUCUUCCUUCCAGAACUUGCUGAUUCAGGGCACCGAGGUGUAUAAGGGGUACGUGGACGACCCAAGGAACACAGACAACGCCUGGAUAGAGACAGUGGCCCUCAGCAUCCACUUCCCAGACCAGAGCGACAUGGAUCUGAAGAGGCUGAACUCUCACCUGCACACCUGCGACCCUGGGAUGUCCGUCCAGUGGCAGGUCGUGGACAAGCGCAUCCCGCUGUAUGCCAACCACAAGACCAUCCUCCAGAAGGUGGCUGCUCUGUUUGGGGCUUUCUAUUGACCCAUGCAGUCCAGCCGGGCCCCGCUGCCAGGGGAGGGCGAGGCUUGUCGUGCACUUCCCCAGACACAGGCUACUACCAACUGCCGGAGCCACAGUCGCCCCCGGACCCCGGGCACCGCCCGGUGUGGCAUGGGCUCUGCCGCCUCUCACGGCCACCUUGAGCUCCCAGGCAGAUGAGCCUGUGAAAUGGAGAGCGUCAGGGCGCCCCAGAGGAGAGCCCAGGCAGGGGACAGCUGGCUCGGGUCACAGGGCCAUUCUCCAGUGUUGACGUGGCCCCUGGGACCCCACAGCCAUCCCUGCCCCUGCGGCCUCGGCCCUCAGCCAGCGAGAUCCCUCCCGUCCACGUCGUGGGCAGCUCAUCCACUACCGACGUGUGUGGGCCCAAGGCCUGCGUUUCCUGGACAGCUGGGGCUCCCCCGUGGCCUUGUCCUUGGACCCACACCCCGGAGAUGGUGUCCACCAUGACCUUACGUGGACCCUCGCCUGCUCUGGGGUCGGGGGCGCCCGCAGCCACAGUUCACUGCCCCGAGCAGUCGGGGCUGGGCCCGUGCGUGAGGGGACGGGGCUCACACGAGCACACACUUCUCUGGAGAUCCAAGGCCAGGGACUCGGGCGGGGGCUCUCCAGGCACAGCAUCCCUGUCCCGUGAGCCCAGGGAGGGGCAGGCGGUGGGCCUCAAUGGCGUGGGAUCCCCCUUCUCCGUGUCAGUGGCGCGUGAACCACCCGGAGUGGCCAGGGCUGGAAUAUUGUAAAACCAACAUUAAACGGGCUGCCCAAACCGG